AUGAAACUCCCAUUUCUAAACAAGAACAACUCUUCAUUUUCAUGUUCUUCAAAUUCGAUUUCAAAUUCAUCAUCAACAAAUUCUACUUCAUGGCCAUGGCCUUCUUGUCAUCAAAAUCCUAAAACCUUAUCUUUCAGAGCCACCAUCACUUUCACCAACCCUAUCCACGACCAAGACAACGACGAGCUCGACGAGAUCGACCCACCAGAGAUUUCAGAGUCCAUAGAGAAUGUGAUUAAAGGGCUAAGAUCAUCAGAGAGACUCAUCUUCGAAAGCAAAGGAGAAUCCAACUCUAUACUCGAAGAAGGAACGACUAAGAGAGACCCAGAAGAAGAAGAAGAUGAAGAAGAAGAAGGCUUCCAGCUCUUGUCCUUAGAUUCUAGCGAUCCGUACUCUGACUUUAAGAGAUCCAUGGAGGAGAUGGUUGAGGCACACGCGCUUCACCACGACUGGACAAGCCUAGAGAAGCUUCUCUCCCAGUUCUUGAAAGUCAACCCCAAGACCAGCCAUAAAUAUAUUUUCGCCGCCUUCGUCGAUCUCCUCGUCAACUUAGCACUACACACGAGUAAACCCAUUAACAACAACAAUGCCAAAGACGAUCGCGUAUCGGCCCCACGCGCGGCCACUGCCGCCGGAGAAGCAAGCACUUCUUGCUGUAAUAGUUUGAAUCUUGGUGAAUCUCCGUCGUCUCCUUUGUCAUUCUACACGUCCUGUUCUUCGUAUUCUUCCUCUGAUGAGACUUCCUCGACGUCCGUACGAUUCUUGCCGUUGUCUUCGUUGUUAGAGAUGGAUGAGAAGACUAAAGACAUUUUGGUUUAG